GCCACCAUCACCCUAAUACCAAAACCAGACAAAGAUACUACCAAAAAACUAAUGAUAUAAUUGUUAAAGAGACAAUGUUAAUUAUAUACCAAAGGUGUAACUUUCAAAACAGUACUCAGAGUACAAGUUCACAUUUGGGACAACCGAAUGCCUAAACUUUCUGUCUGGGAAUAAGGACACUUGUGGCCUGCCCGUGACCUUCUUCCAUCUUAUUUUCUAUUCUGAGGAACACAGCCCACCAGGUGGGUUUAUUUCUUCCAUUCCCAUAACCUUCUGGAAAAGUGGAGCAAGGCAGAUGUUUAAAUUGGAUGCUGAAUUAUCUUCAGUUUGGCACAAAACUGAAUUCUAAAUUUGGAUUUGUGAGUUCCAGGGAAAUCACACUUCUGGCACCCGUGGCCUUGGGUGUCUAUGAUAAACCUGGCUGUUAAAUAGCUGUGGAUGGAACCCCUUCAACCCAGUCUCCAGCCCAGAGCCACUGAGGAACCAUGAACACCUUUGUCUUGCUUGCGCUCCUGGGAGCUGCUGUUGCUUUCCCCACGGAUGAUGACGACAAGAUCGUCGGGGGUUACACCUGCGCAGCAAAUUCCGUUCCCUACCAGGUGUCCCUGAAUUCUGGCUCCCACUUCUGUGGUGGGUCCCUCAUCAACAGCCAGUGGGUGGUGUCUGCUGCUCACUGCUACAAGUCCCGAAUCCAGGUACGUCUGGGAGAACACAACAUCAACGUCCUUGAGGGCAAUGAGCAAUUCAUCAAUGCGGCCAAGAUCAUCACCCACCCCAAUUUCAAUGGAAAUACCUUAGAUAACGACAUCAUGCUGAUUAAACUGAGCUCAGCUGCCACUCUCAACAGUCGAGUGGCAACUGUCUCUCUGCCAAGAUCUUGUGCAUCUGCUGGUACCGAGUGUCUCAUCUCUGGCUGGGGCAACACCAAAAGCAGUGGCUCCAGCUACCCUUCGCUCCUGCAAUGCCUGAAGGCUCCCAUCCUAAGUGACAGUUCUUGCAGGAGUUCCUACCCAGGCCAAAUCACCGGAAACAUGAUCUGUGUGGGCUUCCUGGCGGGUGGAAAGGAUUCUUGCCAGGGUGACUCUGGGGGCCCCGUGGUCUGCAAUGGGCAGCUCCAGGGUGUUGUCUCUUGGGGCUAUGGCUGCGCCCAGAAAAACAAGCCUGGGGUCUACACCAAGGUAUGCAACUAUGUGAACUGGAUUCAGCAGACCAUCGCUGCCAACUAAAGAAUUUCAUUUCUCCAUGACUCUUCCCUUUAGUCAUCUUCACCUUCCUCCCAUCCUGCGAACAGCAUCUAAAUAAAAACAUUUUGACCUGUACCAGCAUCUAAAUAAAAACAUUUUGAG